AUGAUGGGUCAAGAAGAUGAACAAAAGGGGCUCGAUGUUGGCUUGAUAUAGCGAGCUGGUUGGGCUUUAUAUAUGCCUAGCUACUGUAGGUGGGUGUAAUCACAUCACAUGAGAUCUGCUCAAAACGGUUAUCAACAAAUUAUGCCAAAAGGUGAAUCAUCCCACGAGCCGACCCCUGCUCUGCUAGAAAAACAACCAGAGGGUGACAAAGGAGCAGAAGAAAAGAAGCCAGAAAAAGCAGAGACAACAGAAGAAGACAAGGAUUAUAAGAUCUACCCUGGAAAGCUUGAAAUUACAUGGGGCGACAACCAAAGUUACUGGAGUUCACCAAAUAAAACGUCAAAAGAACCGGCAGAGCUAUAUAAGGUGAGUUGGCUUCAGGUAACCGGUAAAACAAAAGUAAAAAGGGGGAAGUCAUAUGAAAUAGAGUUCAACAUAACUUUGAAAGCUGACGGCUUUGGGUGGAAUGGCCUCCCACUUUUUCUGAUGGCUAAGAUUGGGGCAAAGGGAAAAUCCAUAUGGAAAAAGAUUAAGCCACUGGAGCAGACUCCAAAUGAUAAGACAUUUGAUAUUCCUAAGCCUGAAGAAAAGUUCAUCGUUAAAAUUCCAGAUAAUAAAGGUGACGAGGAACAGGACCUUUUCUUUGGUUUCUAUGAAAUUUGGAGUAACAAAUGGAAGGGAGGAUUGCUUAUUAAUUAUGCAACUGUUAAAGAAGUAAGCGAACGGAAUUAAGCUUUGUUUGUGCUUAGCAAAAUGUUGCCAAAUAAUCGGAGACUAGAAGACAAAAAGAUAAACUAGCAUUUCGUGCACUGAUAAUGUUUGUUAUAUUCAGGGCUGUCUCAAGAAUAUUUGUGACCCUAGACAAGAGUUGCUUUAGGGGUCUUCUAAUAAUAU